AUGAUGGGGAAUUCUAAAGGAAAGGCUAGCAAAACUAACGCCGGCUCUGCCGCGGCUGCGGAGCUUCCGGUGUCCAAUACCGCUGCUAAGAAAGUAGAUCCAAGGCUACCUUUUAGUACCUACAGGCAGCAGUUCAACACUGUCAACUCGUGGAAACCACUUAUGAGGACGCUCGAAAAAAGUGCCAAAGAGAAUCUCAUCAGAUUUAUUAAUAAAUACCCGCAAUAUAAAGAGUGCUUCCCGAAUGCCAAGAAUAUGGAGCAAGAAGAGUCGAUGAGAGCCAGCAUUGAGUUUGGGAUCGAUGCAAUGGGAGCCUUUCAGGUGUUUGAUGACGUAUUAGGUAACCUUGAGGAAGUCGACGUAGCCAUUAAGAAGAUAAGAAGGACCGCCAAGAUUGGUCUUAUGACCCUGGACAUGAUAAAGGACAUGAAGGUCACAUUCUUGGAGACGGUCGGUGAUACGCUGGGCGACAGGUGGACAGAUGCCACGAAAGAAAACUUUACUCUCCUGUAUGACUUUGUGAUUGAAGAGUAUGAAAAAGCUUUAUGAACUCCACAUUGACAUCACCCAAAGUGGAAAUUGUGUAACAAUCAGACACAUAUGGACAGCUGUCAAGUGCAACAUGAUAUUGUUGGAGCUAUAAGGAACAGGUUAUUGCUGUUGGGAUAAGUUGGAAGAA